AUGCGACUCCUUAAUCAAGUUCUAGAGCCUGAGUUGGUUAGGCAAGUUGUGAAGAUUCCCCCUUCAUCCGCUCAUAGCUCUGAUAGGAUGGUGUGGGCUUUAACGCAGAAUGGUUCAUUCUCAGUUUCUUCGGCUUACACGCUUGUUUCGCCGGCUUCUAAUUAUCCUUGGGGUUCGUCUAAGUGUCAUUGUUGUUCUGAGCCAGCAGAUGACGAGGUUAAUCACAUAUUUUUAACAGGAGAUUUAGCUAAGGCGGUCUGGAAUAGAUUUGAGGGUGUCCUGGGAGAUUUGGAUAUGGUGUCCACGUUGAGACAUGUGGUGUUACGGUGGUGGCUGCGUAAGGGGCACAACGUGUAUCUCAGGUUCGUUUAUCAUACAUUACCUAUGCUCGUCUGCUGGGAGUUAUGGAAAGCGAGAAACAGGGGACUGUUUGAUGGAAGGAAAGUGGGGUGGACGGAGGUGGCAGAUCAGGUAUUUCAACAGUUAUGUGAUUUACUACAUUGUAAUUUUCCAGAAAUAGCAUGUUCUUUCGUCUCUUGGGAUGUUCUUCACUCUUCGUUGGUAGCUCUGAAAAGAAGGGUUUCUAUUUUACCGAUUACAUGGUCGGCUCCUAGGGCAGGGUAUAAGUUGAAUUCGGAUGGCUGUGCAAAGGGGAACCCAAGAGUUAGUGGGGGUGGGGGAGUUGUGCGAGAUGGGGAAGGGAGAUUUAUCAUCGGUUAUUCUUGUUUUUUUGGGUUAUUGACCAGUUUACACGCGGAGCUCAAGGCCAUACUCUUUGGGGUGCGGCUCUGUGUUGCUCGAGGCUUACAAGACUUGCAUGUUGAAUCUGACUCACUUGUCUUGGUGCAAAUACUCCAAGGGACACAUGGUUGCCCUUGGAGACUGCAACGGGAAGUGGAUGAAUUGCUCAGUUUCAAGCAUCAUUUCCAUGAGAUAACCCAUUGCUAUAGAGAGGCGAACAAACCCGUUGAUUAUCUAGCUAACCUUGGCGCAAAUUCGGAGCAAGAGGAUGUUUUUGAUGACUUUCGUUCUUUGCCGGCUACUGUCCGUGGGGAGAUUAUCAUGGACACUUUAGGUUUUCCUAAUUUUCGUAGAAAAUUUCUAUAG